AUGGAAGCUAAGGGUGCCUUAGCCGAUCUUGGAGCAAGUGUUAGUUUGAUCCCUUUAUCCAUUGCUCAAAAGCUUAAUAUUGAGAUGAUCCCCACAAGGAAAACCAUUCAAUUGGUCGACCGUUCGGUGAAGCUACCUUGUGGUGAGCUUGAAGAUUUCCCUAUUCAAGUUGGGCACAUCUAUGUGCCUUGUGAUUUUCUAGUGAUGGAUAUGGAGGAAGAUGUGGAUACUCCCUUGAUUUUGGGCCGUGAAGCUCUUAAGACCUUGGGGGUGGUAAUCAAUUGCAAGAACAACACCAUUACAUGUGAGGUAGCCGAUGAGAAAAUUGUUUUUGAAUUCUCUAAUUACUCAACACCCCCAUGGUUGAGAAGUGCUAUAGGGUUGAUGUUGUGA